CAUCGUAUUUGUUUUCUGUUACGUAACAGAAUCAUUCGAUCAUUAUAUCAUUGUAUAGUCAACUCAAUUCAAUCACAGAACCUCUCUCUUGAUCCAAUGGCGUUCCUUGGAUCAAAUAUGCCGACUGAGGCUGGUUUGAGAUUGCUUCUUGUCCCCCUUAAUUCCAAUAUUGUAAUCCGAACAGCAUGCUGCACUGUGGGGGUUGCAUUACCAGUUUACUCCACAUUCAAAGCAAUAGAGGCGAAAGAUCCAAAUGAGCAACACAAGUGGCUUUUAUACUGGGCAGUUUAUGGGUCUUUUAGUGUUGGAGAGAUAUUUGCAGACAGAUUCAUAUCCUGGUUUCCACUUUACUAUCACAUGAAGCUUGCAUUUCUUGCUUGGCUUCAACUUCCCACCACAAAUGGGGCUAAGCAAUUAUAUAUGAAUCAUUUGCGUCCUUUAUUAUUAAGGCAUCAAGCUAAGCUUGAUCAAAUUGUGGGGUUGUUCUACAAUGAAGCUGGUAAAUUCGUCAGUGCUCACCAAGGUGAAUUUCAGUUUAUGAAGACAAUUAUGAUGAAGUUUCUGAUGUCAGUGAAGCAGUUGAUCAACGGUAGCAGUCAACCCGUUGCAACACAAGAGAGAAGAGCAAUUGUGGGUCCACGUCAACAGGUGGAAUCAGAUGAUGAUGAUGAUAAUGAUGAUGAUGAUGAUGAAUACGUAUCUGUUUCUGCAGCAUCUUAGGCUUAAUAAAACAUUGUCUAUAUUUUAAAACUUCUUAUUAGAGUUAUCCUCCUCCUAGUUCUAGAAUUAUUGCAACUUAAUCUUUAGCAUGCUUUUUUAAUAGCUCUUUUGUCUGUUUAUGUAGUUGUUUCCCGAUGUAUUGUACUGCAUUUGACUAGGAC